CCGGGAGGUAUGGAAAGGCCUACUGAUAGUUUCAAGGAAACUCAUAACCUGACCCUUGCACAGGAGGACACUUUAUUUGGAGGCUUAGUCUCAAAUCUGCAGGUGGCAGAACUCUUGGCAAUUAUGGCACAAAACCAAAGUCUUUCUUACUGCAAAAUAGUGGAAGUAGUUGCUGAAACAACUGCACCGUUAACUCCUAUGACAGAUCUCCUUACGAAGAUCCCAUCUAAACGGGAAGACUUGCAGAAAACAGAGGUAAACAAUGCCUCCCCCCUAAGAAAAAGAAAUCUGGAAUGAGUAAUCCUAAGUUCC